CGUGUGCAGCUCCUUUUUUCUUUUUUUUAAAGUGUGGCUCUCAGCUGCCGAGGCGGAUGAUGAUGAUGGCGGAGCUGGUUCAGGGACAGGCCUCGGUGGCUCAGCCCGGAACGAAAGAUGACUUCGCAGACACAAUACGCCGGGUCCGACAGAUGGCAGCCAAGAUGGGAGGAGACCAGAUGCCCAACAUGAACAGUUCCCCUCCGGUCAUAGACCCCUCCCUCUACGGCUUUGGAGGCCAAAAGCGCUCACUAGACAAUGGAGUAGGGAACCACCUCGGUGCAAUGGUACAUCAAAGGGCUCUUGCUACAGAAGACUUCAAAGUGCCUGAUAAGAUGGUGGGAUUCAUCAUUGGAAAAGGAGGAGAGCAGAUCUCAAGAAUUCAGCUGGAAUCGGGUUGUAAAAUCCAGAUAGCUUCAGACAGUGGAGGCAUGUUGGACCGGCCCUGCACGCUGACUGGGAGCCCAGAGAACAUUGACCAGGCCAAGAGGCUGCUGAGUGAGAUUGUGGAGCAGUGUCGGUACGGCCCCGGCUUCCACAGCGACAUGGACGGCAACAGCUCGAUCCAACAGAUCCUCAUCCCCGCAAACAAGGUCGGCCUGGUCAUCGGCAAGGGAGGAGAGACCAUCAAACAGCUGCAGGAGAGAACAGGAGUGCAGAUGAUAAUGAUUCAGGAUGACCCCAUGCCCACUGGAGCGGACAAGCCCCUGAGAAUCACGGGGGAUCCCCACAAAGUACAGCAAGCCCGUGAACUUGUGGUGAAGCUGAUCCGAGACAAGGACCAGGGAGACUUCAGGGUCGGCAGAGCAGACUUUGGAUCCAAAAUGGGCGGAAGCAGUCUGGAUGUGGUUGUACCCAGAUUUGCUGUUGGCAUCAUCAUCGGCAGGAACGGAGAUAUGAUCAAGAAGAUUCAGAACGAUGCUGGGGUCAGGAUCCAGUUCAAACAAGAUGAUGGAGUCAGUCCUGACAGAGUUGCUCAGGUGAUGGGUCAGCCCGACCACUGCCACCAUGCGGUCCAUCUCAUCAAUGAACUGGUCCAAACUGCUCAGGAGCGAGAUGGGUUUGGAGGUGUAUUGGGACGCAGAGGCCGAAGUGACUGCAACAUGGCAGGAGGAGGAGGAGGAGCAGGAGGAGGAGGAGGAGGAGGAGGAGGAGCAGGUGGAGGCUCUGGAGGACUGCAGGAGGUGACAUAUGCAGUACCUGCUGACAAGUGUGGACUGGUGAUUGGCAAAGGAGGGGAAACCAUCAAGAACAUCAAGGAGCAGUCUCGUGCCCACGUGGAGCUGCAGAGAAACCCGCCGCCCAACACCGACCCCAACGUGCGCAUCUUCUCCAUCCGAGGCACCCCUCAGCAGUUGGAAAAGGCCCGGCAGCUGAUCGAUGAGAGAAUUGGGGGCCCAGGAAUGGGAGGCAACAGCAGCUUCGGGAUGAAUCCCUACAACCAAGGACCAACUACUCCUCCUCAACAAAGUGGGAAUCAGACGUUCAUGCCCGGAGGAUGGGGGACAACUUUUCAAAUAUGGCAGCCUCAAGGCCAGCAGGACCACAGUCACAAUGGAUCCCAGACGGGCCAGAUGGACUGGGAGCAGUAUUAUAAAAAGCUAGGUCAGCAAAACCAAGCCCAGAGCUCUGCUCCCGAGUACAACAAAGCCUGGGGCCAGAGCGCUGGUCCUGCGUCUCAGCAGAGCUCUAACCCUGACUACAACGCGGCCUGGGUGGACUUCUACAGGCAGCCCGUGGCCUACUUCAACCAGGGCCAGGCACAGCAGACACAAGCCCCGGGCCUUCAGGAUCAUUAGGAGAAGACGCCCAGGGGACAGACUUGAAUCACUGAGGAUGAAACCAGCCCUUUUCUAACGGAGGGGGUUUAGAUUUGCAACGCCUUGAAGACUUUUUUUCUUAGUGAGAAACACUAGCUGUAGAAUGACUUAUAUGAUAAAGUAAUAUUUCUAAAAAUCAGGAACAGUUAUUUGUUACUAAAUGCUUGUGUACACUGUUAUUUUGGAUAGACAGUAUCUGGGAUCCCUUUUUGGACUUGAGAGAGCUGUUUUUGUUUUUCUAUGUUUUCCUGUCUUUGACUCAGAUUGUACCCGCCAAAAUGAACCCAAGAGUUGUAACAUUUCAAAAGGCAAUAUGAUCUAUUUUUUCUAGUUUUGUUGAAAUGAAACCAUGAUUAUGUGCUUAGCAGUCUUGAAUACCAUUUGUCAUAUGUCAUUGUUUAAAAAAGAUGUGUUAAAAAUGUUUUCCUUUUACAUAAUUCAGUGAAAUGAAACUGUGAUGUUUUGUUACAGGAAAUGUAUUUUUGUUACACGGUUUAAAACACGGAAUAAUGUCAGCCAGUGGCAAUAGUUCUUAUUUAAUUCCUGUUGUGCAUUGUAUGCUGUUUUUCAUUGUCAUUUUAUUGUACUCUGGUUUAAAAAAAGGUGCAAUAUCUUAUUUCACUUUUGAAAACAAAGAUGAUUCUCUAAUAUUUUGACCGACUUUUAACUUGUAGUUUUAAGAUGUUUUUUUUUUCAAAUAGAUGUCAUGGAUAAUUUAUUACAAUUAUCUGAUAUGAUAGGAUUUAGGGGGAUGUUGCAAAUAGCUUCUUUGCCGUUGCUACCUUGUAAAACUAUGUAUAUACGCUCAUAUAUUUGACUGUUAAUUUAAAAUAUAUAUGUUUCAUAUAUACUUAUAUAAAAAAAUAUUUUUUUUCCUGUGGUCAGUGUUGCAGGAAAACUGUCCCUCUGUUUUUCUGUUCUGUUUUCGUACUGAAAAUGUUCAAAGAUUGUGAAUGUGUGAUUUGAAAUUUGAUGUUGCAUCUUGUUAUGAAGAAAAUUAAGAAGUGGUAGAUUUGUGUAUGUUCUGUACCUGAACUAUUCAAGACUGCUAAGCCGCUGUUCUUCUACCUGUGUAAUAAUUAAUAUAGUAUUUUUAUGUUUUAAGUAUUAUGAUCAAAAGCUGUCUUAUUUGGUACCUCCCAGUUCGCCAGCGCCCCCCUGAGCCCUGCUCUGGACCCCGGGGGGUGCUGGACUCAGUCCAAUGCUAAUAACUUUUUAAUUAUUUUUUUAUUUCUUUGUGUGAUCUAAUAUAAAUGAUGCGUCAUUAUGGAAAAAUGAUUCUGGUAUUAACGUCAUUUCUUAAUGAAAAGGGAUAUAAUUUCUAAAUGUCUAAUUAUGGUGUUUGUUUCUUUUCCUUAUAUGUACAGUUAACAAUGUAUUAAAACAAAUCCAGACUACAUUUGUGUACUGCUAGAGAUGAUUGUGUGAAAAAAUAAUGUGACUUUUGUUGUAUUCUGAUUCUUGGUGUUGAAAAGUUUAGAUGAUGCAUAGAAAUAGAUAUAUAGGCCAACUGUUUGUUCUCAUGUUUUAUAAGCAGAAAAUAUAUCUUUUCUAUAGUUAAUUGCAAGUUCUCGCAUUCAAAUAAAUGUUCCGCAAGCUUCCCUUGUGGCUGACUAAAA